CAAAAAGCGGAAGCACGAAUGUUGUGGGGACGUCUCUGCACAGUCUUGACGUCUCUGGCAGAGGAGACAACACAGGUCGCUGUUUACCCGCCCCCUCCGGCCUGCUGCAGCCAUCAGGAAGCGGAAGCAGGAAUGUGGGACGUCUCUGGAAAGUUUGGACGUCUUUGACAGUUGGGCAGAAGAGACAAGACGUGUGGACCAACAUGAAGGUGUGUUGCUGCUGAUGAUGUUACCAUAGCGACUUCAGUCUCCCAGCUGGACCGCGUGCUCUGACCGGCAGUCCGCAUGGAGAGGGAGACUGUUGGACUGGACCCUGUCCCCGCUCCAGAUCCCAGCGGGUCGCCGGACUGCAGCCUGGCCUCCCUGCGGCGCCGCGCCUGGGCCAAAAGCAGAGACUCCACCUGGCAGGAGACGCAGAAACCAGAGUCCUCAAGCCCCCUGGAGCCUCAGCCCAAUAGCAGGGGUACUGAUGGAGAUUCUCAGAGAACCUCAGAAGCACCAGGGCUUACUCCCAACAAGAUCACCAGCUGGCUCGACCAAUGCAGGACACCACUGGCUGUCUCACUAGAUGACCAGAGUGCAUCUCCCAGCAAAGGAGGAGCGCUGAGGAACGGCUGCAGCUUCGAAGAUGACCUUUCUCUGGGAGCUGAAGCUGACCAUCUUCAAUCCAGCAACAAGAAGACUGGAUCCUGCGGUGGUCUCGCCGCCAAUCAGAAAAGGAGUCAGUACAAAGAAAAAGGGAGAAGUAUGAACUCCACUGGGUCAGGGAAGAGCAGCACCGUGUCCAGCGUGUCAGAGUUGCUUGACCUUUACGAGGAGGACCCGGAGGAAAUCCUCCUGAAUCUCGGCUUUGGUCGAGAUGAACCUGACAUGUCCUCCAGGAUUCCCUCCAGGUUCUUCGACAGCUCGUCCUCAGCACGUGGCAUCGACAUCAAGGUUUACUUGGGAGCUCAGUUGCAGCGCAUGGAGGUGGAGAACCCAGACUUCGCUCUGACAAGUCGCUUCCGUCAGAUUGAGGUCUUGACCACUGUCGCCAAUCAGUUCAUCCAGCUGUACGGUCACGUUUCUGGUCAGCCGGUCCAAAGUGUCAGCAGCAGGGAUCAAGGAGGAGAAGGAGGGGGAGACAGCGCCAAAGAGGAAUCUCCUCCUUCUCUCAAGAGGAGAAACUCGGCUCUCAAUGCUGCCAAGUUGCUGAAGAAAACCCUCAGCAAACACAACCUGCUGACGCCGUCCUCUGAGUCGUCGGGCGCCCGCAAGUCAAGUCAGCCCGCCAACAAAGGUCAGCCCAAUGACGACCUCGCCAACAGCCACACCAACAACGGGCCUGCUCAGGACGGCGACACUGCCGAGCAUGAUCACCACGCCGACUCCGCCAACCAGAAGCACAUUCGCAAGAAGGACAGUUGCUCCCUGGCGACGGUUACUGAGGAAACCAACGGAGACGGAGAAUUGGAGCGCCUGACAGAAGACAGCAAUCCUGCACCCAACAGCAAGCAUCAGCCAGGGUCAGCUGACUCUCAGCAAGCCAAUCGGACCGCAGACGAACAGACGACCAAAGUGGAUGAAAAGAACAUCAUCUCAACCACUGACAAAGCUCCUUCCACUCUGGCCCUGCCACAGCUUCUUCAUUUGCGUACGGAGAAGGCAGACUCCUUCGACAUGGAAGAGAUUCAGAGUAACGAAGACGAGGCUCUUCUAUCCAGAAGGUCAAUGAACUCAGACCUGCUGAGGACAGCCAGCCAGCAUUCUGACAGCAGUGGCUUCGCUGAGGAGCCAUCCGUCGAAUCCAGCAACCUCAAGGUCCAGGAGAGUAGUGACAGUUGUGACAGUGAGACCACGGUGACAUCACACCCUUCACAAGAUGUCUCCACGCCCAUCGCUCUGGACCAACCGACCUUCAUCCUGCCAGACUUCACGGAAGAGGAGGCGGAGCCUGUUAGUGCAGCCGAGGCUGUUGGGAGUUCCCAGGAAGAGGAUGAAUGUGAUGGGACUUCCGAGCAAUUCCCACAGUACACAGCCCACCAGCUCCCCAAGAACUGUCCACAGGUUGAGACCCAAUAUGUAGAGCAGGGUGCGAGUAACCUGCAACCAGAACCUGAACCAGAACAAAGUCAGAACCAGGAAGAGGCUGCAGUGGGUACAGAACCUUCCCAAGAGGCUGCGGAUGAGGCCCAAGUGGGUCCUUCCUUUAGUCUCCUUGCUUCCAACUCUCCUAUCCUCACUGCACUGAGCCGGGCCAAACAGCGGCUCGGCUCCCAUUCCAGUGAGAAAUGUUCAGUCCCGAGCAGGAGGCGGCUCAGAGGUGGACUUCCUCUGCUGAGGUCAUCCUCCUUCCCCUCCUCAUUGCUCUCUCCCUCCAAGGUGGUGUCGUCCGUCAAGAUUGAGUUUGGGCGGGGCCAAACGUCUUGCAGCCAGCCCCGCUACGCCUUCCGGUACAUUCAGGAGCCCGCGGGUGAACAGGUGGCGACUGCCUCAUCCACCUGUAUCUCCACUCUUGUCAUUAACCACUCCCCUAAAUCCAGCAACCCAUCAACGCUUCUUGCAGAAGACUCUGCCCCACCCAAACUCACCCCCCGCCACCUCGUACACUCCUCAUGCUCACUGAGAUGUGCCAGUCCUCCCCUUGAUUGGCCAGCAGGGCGAAGUGCCCAACCCUGGAUCACUCAGAGCGUUCCGGAUCUCUCGUCCAACCAGGAACAGUUUGGCCGCUUCCAGCAGGGAGUGACUCCUGAUCAGCCAGUCAUGUUCGUUUCCCCCAGUCCAAGUCCCACUCCAAACCUGAGACAGGAGGCCCCUUUGUCCGCCCCACCUGUCAACCCCUCGUUCCUGUACCCCACACCUUUUCAUCCCUACGCCAGCCUUCCAAACCUCCAUCACUCACAUCAUUCCAGCAUGCCCAGUCUCCUCCCCCAGCCCUCCAUGGCCACGCCCCCAAAGCACACCAACAUAUCUCAUCUGCACCCGCCUGCCAUGGCCACACCCCCCCAGUACACCAGUCUGUGGAACCUUCACCCAGGCACUCCCACAAUGCACCACUUCCAUCCUAACAGUUAUCACCUGUACCACUCCGCCCCUCACACACCGCCCUACCUUGGUUCCCAUGGCUACGACAUCAACCAGGACCACAUCCUGCAUCGGGGGAGCGCGCCUCCAGGCCCAGGCAUCGUCCCAGGUCUCGGCUCGGGUCUCAACCCCAACCUAGGAUUUGGCCCGGGUCUUGGCCCCCACCCUGGCUUGUCUCCAAACUCCACUCAGGUCUUGUCCAGUACGGAGAUGCAGCUGAGGAGAGUUUUACACGACAUCAGAGGGACAGUUCAGCGUCUAAACCAGAACCAGGACGACACGUCUGAUGUGUUCACUGAACACAGAGCAUCCAGCCAACAGUCACUGGCCGACCUCCAGCAGAAGAGACGGAAUCUCAGCUUGUUCCGCACGCAGAUGAUGGACCUGGAGCUGUCAAUCAUCCGACAGCAAGCUUUGGUCUACAAAUACCUAAGUCCAACUGACAGGCUGGAGGUGGAGCACCUUCAAUCUCUGAGGUCAGCUGUUAGAGAUGAACUGCUGGAGCUGGAACAACAGCUGGAAGACAAAGUGAUGGAGCUGACACAACAUGGGCCAAGCAGGGGUCUCCAUGGUUACAGCAGUAUUGACAAUUUGUGCACAACGUCGACACUAAGAGCCAUGGAGCCGGUGUCAGAUCUCCUCAGAGAGCAGUACCUACUCCAGUCACAGCUCAGCUGUGACGACAACACCCCCUCCACAGCACCCCCUUCACCGCCCACCAGUCACACGCUGAGUGGGGGUGGCGAGCAGAGACCGGGCGUGUACCGGGCUUUCAUCAACAUCACCCCUGCCCCGCCUCCUCGACCCAGCAGGCAGGUGGAGGCAGAGAAGGAGAUGGACGAGGGGAGGGGAGCCUUGAAUGGAGGUAAAGGGAUACCAUGGGGUGAGGAAGAGGAGCAGGCAGCAGAGGUCAAGGGGGAGAACCUGCAGGACCUCAUCAGAGAGAUUAGGGAGAGCAUGGCCCAGGAGGUACGACGGGAGAUCUACAAUGAGCUGAUGGCCGCUGUGUCGCCACGCCGAUCGCCGCUGCCCGCCGCCAGACAGUAGCUUCUGCGGCAACAGCCUCCACCUCAGCACGCACCACCACUGUCUGUCUGUAUCACUGUAACAGCAGCCUUGACGGGCCGCAACACUGAAUGUCUAUAACACUGCAUGGGAUAGAUGGCCACCCCGCCUGGUCCUUAGAGGGCACUGCAGGACGUGGGCCUGCUUUGUAAGGUAAAGCCUUAACUUUAAAAAUAAAAAAUAAAAAAAUCGAACCACUGCCAGGAUGACCAGAACCAGGACCUGUCAGCAGGACUGUGCCUUCAUCUCACUGCAGUGAAGAUUGCUGAAAGUGAUCAUGUUGCUCAUCUCUUUCAUUAUUAACGAGGAUGCAGCCUGGGGCCAGCUUGUUUUUUUCUUUUUUUUUUAUUGGCGAUUAAACAAGCAAACUGCCCAAAAACAGAGAAAAAAGAGGAAAAGGGAAAUAAAAAGUUGAACUGUUGGUACUAAUAACGCUAAUAAUAAUUAUACCUUGUCACCAAUAACACAAAGCUGACAUUGUGGUGUAAAGAUGAUUGAACUGACAUACGCUGAUAUUUGAAUCUGCCCUGAGUUUUAGAUGCAGGAGUCAUUCCAGGACAGAGGUGGACUUUCAAUUUUAAGUCCCCUGACACUCCUGUUAUCAAGAAAAAUAUAAAUAACUUCAACUCUACUUCACUGCGCUGAGCUGGAGGCUCAACAAAAAAACAAAACCUCAUAGUCACACUUCACAAAGCCAAGCAAUGGGUUGUACUCCUUUAGUGAACCUUUACAAUCAGCGCACUUGUGCACUCAUUCAUUCCAAUACACAUUUCACUCUCAGACACCGUCACCCUUCAUCUUCAUCAUCACUAUGCCUCCCUUGUACUAGGAACAAUCAUAGAUGACCGUUUUGUUAUGCAGUCAAAUUUAUAUUUGUUUACAAUUAAAAAUGCCACUGCUUGAAUGUUGAACGCGUGAGUGACGCAUAGGAGUGGCAUUGGUGUUAGCCACCUGUGACUACAUUGGUGAUGGUGGUUGUUGGACAUGCAAGCUACAUGUUAAGGCUACACCCAGUGUAUAAAAGCUACGGGUGGGCGAUACUGCAAAUUUUGCUAUUUAUUCAAUACCAAGUAAAUAGCCUAAAGAGCAGGUAUUGACAUACCAACAAAAAAAUGAAUAUUUGUGAAAAUAAACAGUAGAGAACUAAAACAUAACGAUAUCAUCAAGCUACAAUCGAUCCGAUACUGAUACUAUUGGUAUCGGUUAUGAAAGCUUAGUGUGCUAGUUGGCAUGCUAACCUGGCCGCCAACUGAACAGCUAACCGGCCCGUUUGUCAAUUGCACUUCUUUCGAAAGAUAUUCAUUAUAUCUCAGAAGGCAACGACUGUUUAAAUCUGAUGAAAACGUUUUAAUCUCUCGAACUGUUGAUAGUGAUGGUGAGCUCAAGUGAAGGUGCGCGGAUGUUGUCUCGGCUGAUGGUCAAAGGAAGCUGUGAGGAGCCUCAAUGUGUCAUUAGCAUGUUAGCUCCAACCUUAAAUAAUGCAUUUAUAAAGGGAUUGUAGUUGGUUUGUCAUUUGAGGACAAGCCAUGUUACGACACUUCCAUCCGUCAUCGCUAAUGGCUGGUUGAUUAUGACCGUGCUACUCACACCUAUUGAACGUUGAACUAAAACAUUGCAUUGCCUCUUUGAGGCUUUGGGAUCGUUAACGCUCACUCAAAGGUAUUUUGUGCACCAUUAGAAUCAUCAUCCGAUGGCUUCUUUCACUGUUCCUUCCAUUAGUGUUCAUGUCAAGCUCUUCUUGCACCGUCUUUGUUUUUCUUUUAUUUUGUGGUGCACAUCUAAUGAUUGUUUGACCUUUGGCCUCAUUUUCCAUUUGCUUUUUAAUGAGCGUGUGUGUUUUGCACUGCUGCUAACGCAAUGCGGUCAGGGCUCACUCGCUACAGAGAAGAAGAAUAAAGAUGUAUUUAUUUUCAUUA